GAAAGGAACCAUCGCGCCAGUCGCCCCCGAGCUCUUCGCGAAGGCGCUUGGCUUGUGCCGAAGGGAUCGCUGGUCGCCGCUCGAGCUCCCCUCCUUCCUGCCUGCCGCCGGGCCCGAGCUUCUUUCCCCCUCCUCCUCCCUCCCCGUCGUUUCGUUUCCGCAGACGCUUCUCUUGGACCCCUCGUGCGCUCUUCCCGCGGAGAGAUGGAGAACGGCGCGCCACAGCGAGGACGCGGAGGGCCAGCGCGCGUCACCAAGACCCCCGAUGGCCGCACCGUGCAGAGUUUCCGCUCUCACCCCAUCUACGGCUUCGAUAAAAUCAAGGAAAAGGUGAUGACAGAACUGAACUGCCCACAAAUGGAACUCACACCCCUGGACACGUCCGAGAAAAAGUUUAAUGCCCAGAGUCGUUUGUUUGUUGGAAACCUACCAAGAGACAUUCCCUAUGAAGAGCUUAAGGAAAUGUUUGCCAAGUAUGGAGAACUUGGACAGGUGUACUUCAACAAGGAUGGGGCAUAUGCUUUUAUUAAUUUUGAUUACAAGGCCAAUGCCGAGAAAGCCAAAAAUGAAAUGCAAGGAAAGAUGGUCCGAAACCGCCCAAUGAAGAUCCGCUAUGCCUCGGUAACGACGGGUGUGAGAGUUAAAAAUCUUACUCCAUACGUGUCCAAUGAACUCUUGCAUAAAUCCUUCUCGGUCUUUGGAGAGAUUGAAUCUUGCCGCGUGAUUGUUGAUGACCGUGGGAAAACUACUGGCGAUGGUGUGGUAGUAUUUUGUGAUAAGAAGGGUGCCACAAUAGCUUUGAAGAAGUGUCAAGAGGAGUGUUACUUCCUCACAAGCUCAUUGCGUCCAGUAAUCGUAGAACCCCUUGAGGCUGGAGAUGAGGAAGAAGGUAACCCAGAAAACUCGAUGCACAAGAAUAACGAUUACAGAAAUGAACGUAAAGAAGGCCCUAGAUUUGCUGAUAGAAAUUCCUUUGAAUUUGAAUAUGGGAUGAGGUGGAAGCGCCUUUAUGAAAUGUACAAGGAGAAGAAAAUGCUUCUUGAGUCUGACCUCCAGGCAGAGAUGGAACAGCUGGAGGCAAGAUUUGCUCUAGUGCGACAUGAGCACGAGACAGAAAAGCUUCGAAGAGAGCUGAUGGCUCGUGAGGCAGAAGCAAUGCAGAUGGGAAGGUACCGUCAGUCAAGCAAUUACCAGGAUCGUUACAUGGGAGGCUCGCAGGAGAACCGUUACUCUGACUACCAUGGAAGCGCUCGGCCAAAUGAAAGAUACCAGCAAGCACCCGCCAUUUCCAGCGAGGAUAGGUACAGCCAGGGCCCACCCACUGAAAGAUACCCACCAAGCACACCGGAGGAGAGGUACCCCCAGGCACGCAACAACGAGUAUCCCCAGCAAGGAGGCGUCAAGAGAGAACCCGCAGCCGAGGAUUUCGACUUGAAGCGUACACGUUACUGAGGUCUGACUAAGCUCCUUCCACCUGUAGAGCCAGAAUGAAAGUGUCUGCAGUGUACAGGGAUCCUAGUGUACUUGUAUUCACUUUUUAUAUAAACUAAAAACAAAACAAAAAAACAAUCCUCUUCCCCCCCUCCCCCCCAUUUUACCAUUUUGGGUCAAGAAUGAUUAAGUGGGACAGAAAUUCAAAGAAAAACAAGAGAAACCCAAAAUUUACAGGUACUUGAGAGUAUUCUGUGCUAUCAGUUACGACACCCCAAAAGUGUUUCUAUUUUUGAAAUGUUUGCACAAGUAUCCAGAGGUUAAAUGUGAAGUAUUCCAAAAAUAUUCUAACAGCAGUGUAGUCCUUAUGAAAUUUAUAUGUAAGAAGAUGAUGUAAAACUGAAUGGGGUAUAUAGUUGUAUCUUAUAGAUACUGUAAUAUGAAUUAAGACAGGUUUCUGGACUAAUUCCUACACAGGCUAGCUGAAAGAACCAGGCACUUUGUGUUGAAUUAGUGUUCUUAUUAAUCACUGGCUUUUCAGUUAAAAGGACAACUGAUCCACUCAGGUUGUUUCAAAAGGCUGGGCGUUUUAUUCUUUGGAAUUCUAUAAUUUAUUUAGCUAAAAGUCAAAUUGAAUUCUUCAGAAAUUGCUGGAAAUUGGCUGAGUGAUUGACCAUGUACACAGUGCCAUCAGGAGGUUUUAUUGAUGGCAUUGAACAAAAUAUAUAUUUUUUUCUAUGUACAUUCAGUGGUCUUAUAUUUAAUUACUGUACCUAGGUUAGUGUUUGGGUUAACAUAGUAAUGCAUUAAUGAUUUAGAUAAACAAAAUUGCCACAAGUUGUUCUUUGAUGACCAGAUAUGUACAAAGUAAUCAAGUGUGGUACAAGUUCAAGCACAUGUACACUCUACCACAAGUGUGUGCACGCCUCUCUCUCUCUCUCUCUCUCUCUCUCUCUCUCUCUCUCUCUCUCUCUCUCUCUCUCUCUCUCUCUCUCUCUCUCUCUCUCUC